ACGCAGUCGAAGUACGGGGAACAAUAUAAUAGCUGCACACGACGGUCGUCACGCAAUAUCUUCCCUGGUAGUUUUAAUCUUGAAAAUCGCUGUGAACGCAGUGCGUUUUGGAACAUGAUUCAGAAUGCUUGCAGAAGCUUUGUUUUCAUAGCAUUCAGGCGACAAAAUAUCUGGAGUUUUACGCCCUCGGUCCCCGGUGUCAGGCGCCUCCAGGUUUCUGUCGCCAGAUUAUCCGAGGACGGAGUGAAGGACAAGGAACACAAACAGAGCUUCGAUACCUCACUGUUGGAAUUUUUAGUUUGCCCCUUGUCUAAGAAACCGCUGCGAUACGACGAGAAGACCAACGAACUGAUAAACGAGGAGCUCGGAAUAUCUUAUCCCAUAAUUGACGGUAUACCGAACUUGAUACCCCAGGACGCCAGGAUGAUUGGCAGAGACUCGCAGAAGAAAUAGCAACCGCAAGAAUAAUUUUUGAACA